AAGAAGAUCGAAUCCCUAGGCAGGAUGACGGCGAUGACGCAGGAGGAGAUGGUAGCCGGCGCCCGCACGGUGGCUGCCGGGCUGGAGGCUCUCCGAGCCGAACACACGCAACUGCUGGCCGGACUGGCGACCAACACUGAACAUGAACACGAGAAGGUGACCCUGGUUCGCAAGAGUAUCGAUGCUAUCGAACUUGGACUGGGGGAGGCACAGGUCAUGAUGGCUCUAGCCUCUCACUUGCAAUCAGUUGAAGCCGAGAAACAGAAACUACGUACGCAAGUGCGUCGACUCUGUCAGGAAAACGCUUGGCUCCGUGAUGAGCUGGCGGCCGCCCAACAACGUCUCCAGGCCUCCGAACAACGGGUCUCGCAGUUGGAAGAGGAGAACAAGCAUUUGGACUUCAUGGCCUCGAUACGUAAAUACGACAGCGAUAUCAAUGAGGAGUCGGAGACCAGCCGCAGUGGUCAGGGAGACAACAAGCGCGAUGACCCUAUGGUCGAUCUCUUCCCUGACGAUGACCACGAGGACAACAGGAACAAUAAGUCGAUGUCUCCGACUCCUCCGUCUCAGUUUGCUCAGCAAGUGAACGCGGGCUACGAGAUCCCCGCUCGUCUACGGACACUUCAUAACCUGGUGAUCCAGUACGCGUCUCAAGGCCGCUACGAGGUGGCCGUGCCGUUGUGCAAGCAGGCUCUCGAGGAUCUGGAAAAGACCUCGGGCCACGACCACCCGGACGUCGCCACCAUGCUAAAUAUUCUGGCGCUGGUGUACAGAGAUCAAAACAAAUACAAAGAAGCGGCAAAUCUACUGAACGAUGCACUUUCUAUUCGGGAGAAGACCCUCGGAGAGAAUCAUCCUGCUGUGGCCGCAACACUUAACAACCUUGCUGUGCUUUAUGGAAAACGAGGCAAGUACCGCGAGGCCGAGCCGCUGUGCAAGCGCGCGCUGUGCAUCCGCGAGGCGGUGCUCGGCCGCGACCACCCCGACGUCGCCAAGCAGCUCAACAACCUGGCGCUGCUCUGCCAGAACCAGAACAAAUACGAAGAGGUCGAACAGUACUACCAGCGCGCGUUGGAGAUUUACGAGAGCAAACUCGGACCUGACGACCCCAACGUGGCCAAGACCAAGAACAAUCUCGCGUCUUGCUAUCUGAAGCAGGGUAAAUACAAGGAAGCGGAGACAUUAUACAAACAAGUACUGACAAGAGCUCACGAGAGAGAAUUCGGAACCAUCGAUGGCGACAACAAGCCUAUCUGGCAAGUUGCUGAGGAGAGGGAAGAGAAUAAACACUUGCAGAAGGAAAACGCGCCGUACGGGGAAUACGGUGGUUGGCACAAAGCUGCUAAGGUGGACUCUCCGACGGUAACGACGACGCUAAAGAACCUGGGCGCCCUCUACCGCCGACAGGGCAAGUACGAAGCGGCAGAGACGUUGGAGGACUGCGCCCUUCGCAGUAGGAAAGAGGCUUUGGACAUCGUGAAACAAUCACGAGCAAGAAGUGGGAGAGGCGCUCGGGAGCCUGACGCGCAACACGAUGAGGGCACGAACCAGGCGAGUGAGCCCCGCAUGAACCUAAAAUCGAAACUGUUCAAUGCGCUAGGUAUCAACACGGGGAGCAAUGCGCCGCACCAGUAGUCUAGACCGAGCCCUAGAUGUCUAGGAUUUAAUUAUAAGCACUCACUCGCUUCUAUGUGAAUGCUCCUCGGCUUUCUCGCCGUAAGUGUCAGGAGUGUCGUAUUAUAGCUCACACGCUUGCGUCGGGGCACAUUGGCUCAUUACUUUACUCGAGGAUCAUUCAUGUCUCACACUCAAAUUUCGCCCGCCUAUUUUGUAUUUUGUGAUUAUAUUUACAACCGAUUUAAACAUUUUUUGUAUUAAAAUUUUAGAAUGGUCAACAUGAUAGAGUAUGUCACAAUCUGUAUUGCCCAAGUGAAAAUCAAAAUGGCGGGCUGCCUAGCUUAGAGUAAUUUAUUAGCAUGCGAUAAGAAAUUUAUGUUAUAAGAAAAAUUACAAAAAAAUAAAAAAAAAAUUAUAAAUAUAAAACACGAUCGAAAUGUGUGAUAGGAUUGUUUUAAAGCAUGUCUACCGUCCCGAAGAGAUAUAUGUAUAAACAUUACAUACAAUUUUAUUUAUAACAUCGAUGGUGCAAGAUUUAAGUAAUAUUUUAAUAUCAUGACAUCCUGAUAGAUACAGGAUGUAUUUUAUAUAUUCGAGUGUAUAAGAUGCUUUAGAAAUUUAAUAAAAAUAAUAAACGUAUAAUUUAAUUUGUAUAAUUAAUUUUUAUACAUAUCUGAUACGGUGAUACCUGACGCAUUUAGUUUUAUGAAUAAAAAAAUAUCGUAAAACUCGAGCCCCGGUCAGAAUCUAAAACGUAUUGCAUUUAUUUAAUUGUGUGGUAUACGAAAUAUUUAUUAUACAUUGUCGCAUGAAUACAACGAUUUUAUUUUAUUCGCUUACAAUUUUAUUUUGAUUUUAUGUUCUGAUAAUUUUUUAUUCAAUGUAUAAUAAUCGUAAUGCAUGAAUGUAAUUUUUAUUUUAAAAUUUAUCGUGCGUUUUUUAAAUGUACCAAUAGUAUUUUUUUUUAAAUAAAUUUAUGCUUAACUCAUUCCAGUGUAGCGUAUGUUUUCGAUCUAAGCUUUAUGUGAGAUAAGUAAAUAGUAUAGAAUUUUAGUAUUUUUUUUUUUGUAAUGAUUUUAAUUUUUAUCCGUACAAGGGUGCCGCUUGGGAAUGCGAAAAAAAACACGUUUUAAUUAUACAAGACACAAAUUACGUUAUUUUAUUUUAUUUGUUUUUUGUUAUAUCUGUUUUACUAAGAAUCUCCAUCGCAAUAAUCACUUUCGAGAAAUAUAUUUUAAAAUAUUUGGUACUUUGUCUAAUAUCGCGUGGUCGAAUGGUAAUUUUUAAUUGUUAAUAAAUAUUUAUGUAUCAUU